GACGCGAAAACCACUUGCCGGGCUGCCCAAAGUCGCGGAGCCAGCCCCCCCUUGCCGACGCCGCUGCGCUUGCUGUCGCGACCAUAGUUGGUCGGCUGGCUGGCUUGGCUGGCUGGCCCCGGUGUUGUUGCCUGGCUUCUUCUCGGGUCUUCUUCCUCCUCCGGCGUCUCGUGCAGCGGCGGUGUUGUUGCACCCCGCACGCGUGGUUGUGUGUGGUGCGGGUGCCCGGCGUCCGCGCCGAGCGUGUCUCUCGAUGGUCGCUGUCAAGGCCCGCUGAAAACGGCGCCAUGUGAGGGGCGACGCCAGCAGACUUCGGCGACUGUGGGACGUGCCUCCCGAGCCCGGUCGACGGCGGCCGUUCGCUCGCAAAUCGUGUGUUCCCUCGUGCUGUGCGCGUGGUUAUAGUUCCUCGAGACUCGGCAGUGUAACGCCUUCGAAGAAAGCCGAGCAGAAAGUUCCGGCGAAGACACCUGGGAUAAUAAUACUCCGGAGGAAACAAACCGUGGGGUGUUUUUCGUCCGUCCGUCCCGGUGCUGCCGACCUCGGCUGCCUUGUUUAGCGAUUCGCUUUCCUUCUCGGCACCUCGGCCCGGCCACGCAGUGUUGUUCCGGGGGGCUUCUUCUGCUCGAUGAUGGCGAGACGGCGAAGGAUUAUGCUCAGCGGCCGACCGAGCGAGCUGGUUCCCUGCUUCGGCCUCCUGACGCGGAGGCCCUCCAGGUCGUAGUGCCACGCUGUUUCUUCCCGGAGGACGCAGGAGCCGGAGGACGUCGCCGCCGGGUCCAACGAGUGGCCGCGCAGCAUCCCAAUACUCGGCGCUCCCAAGCUAAGCGGAGCAACGGUAGUGAUAACGUGCCAACGGUGUGACUCAGCAAACGCGUCUGCUACGGGUAUUGCCAGAUUAUACUCAAGCUCCGAGAAAAACGGUCAUCCAGAUUGCCCUGGCCUCUGACUCUCGUCCACUCUCUAGUUGUGCGAACGUGCAGUGAUUCGCGGCUGUUUUUAUUGUACGCAAUUUAAAGCGUACUACGCGGCAGCCAGUAGAAGCUGUCAAACAGUUCCUGUUGUGUGACAAAAGUGCUGUUCGCCGAAGGUGAUGCGGACGGUAGCUGUCGGCAACGUCGAGUCGCCAUGACCGUGAGGACUCAGCUCGUCGUGGUCUUUCUUCUAGUCAGUUUCGGACUUCUGGUGUCUUCUGGUGCCGGUCAGUCCAAAAAGAAUGGCCAUGUCAAGAAAGGGAAAAUCUGCAUCGGCACAAAUGGCCGAAUGUCGGUUCCAUCGAACCGAGAGCAUCACUACCAGAACCUCAGGGACCGCUACACAAAUUGUACAUACGUGGACGGGAACCUGGAGUUGACAUGGCUACAGAACAAGAGCCUGGACCUGAGCUUCCUGCGCGACAUCCGCGAGGUGACGGGCUACGUGCUCAUCUCGCACGUGGACGUGCAGCGCAUCCUGCUGCCGAGCCUGAUGAUCAUCCGGGGCCGCAGCCUCUUCAAGCUGAACGUGCACGACGAGGAGUUCGCGCUCAUCGUGACGCUGUCCAAGAUGGAGAACCUCGAGCUGCCGGCGCUGCGCGACAUCCUGCGCGGCAACGUGGGCUUCUUCAACAACUACAACCUGUGCCACGUGCGCCACAUCCAGUGGGACGAGAUCCUGUCCGGCCCGCCGGCGCACAUGGUCUACGUGUACAACUUCACGCAGCCCGAGCGCAGCUGCCCGCCGUGCGACGCGUCGUGCCGCGGCGGCCACUGCUGGGGCGAAGGGCCGCACAACUGCCAGAAGUUCUCCAAGGUGAACUGCUCGCCGCAGUGCCACCAGGGCCGCUGCUUCGGGCCGGAGCCGCGGGAGUGCUGCCACCUGUUCUGCGCCGGCGGCUGCGUGGGGCCCAAGCAGAGCGACUGCCUGGCCUGCCAGAACUUCUACGACGACGGCGUGUGCAAGCAGGAGUGCCCGCCCAUGAUGCGCUACAACCCGAACACCUACUCGUGGGACUACAACCCGGACGGCAAGUACGCGUACGGCGCCACCUGCGUCAAGGACUGCCCCGAGCACCUGCUGCGCGACAACGGCGCCUGCGUGCGCAACUGCCCGCCCAACAAGAAGGCGCAGCAGGGCGAGUGCGUGCCCUGCGACGGACCCUGCCCGAAGAACUGCCAAGGGGUGAGCGUCGUCAACUCAAUCAACAUCGAGGACUUCCGCGGCUGCACCAUAAUCGAAGGUUCCCUUACCAUCUUGGACUCGACAUUCAACGGCUUUCAGGAAGUUUACGCCGAUUUCUCGUUCGGUCCGCGCUACGACAAGAUGGACCCGAGCAAAUUGGAAGUGUUCAGCACGCUGAAGGAAGUCACUGGCUACGUCAACAUCCAGGCUUCGCAUCCCAACUUCACGUCGCUGUCGUACUUUCGCAAUCUAGAAGUCAUCGGCGGUCGGACACUAACAGACGGCAUCCACGGUCACUUAGUUUCCCACCUCACGCACGAGUCCAAGGGGCACGACAGGUAUUUCGCCGCCUUGUACAUCGUGAAGAGUUCGCUGAAGUCGCUCAACUUACGGAGCCUGAAGAAGAUCCGCUCGGGCAGCAUCGCCAUCCUGGAGAACAAGGACCUGUGCUUCGCCGACAGCGUCGACUGGUACCAGGUCAUGAAGUCCAACGCCCACAACGUGCUGCUUCAGCGGAAUGCCGACAAGGCCGAAUGCGAGGCACAAAAGCUUGUAUGCCACCCACAGUGCUCCUCAAGUGGUUGCUGGGGCCCAGCACCGAAUGAAUGCCUUUCCUGCAAAUCAUACCGUCUAGAAGACACUUGCAUCGACAAGUGUGACACACCCAAAAGCAUCUACGAUGAUGGGAACUUUGUGUGCAAGCACUGCCAUGAAGAAUGUCUCGGUGAAUGUUCUGGGCCUGGACCUGGUAACUGCAGCAAAUGUCGACAUGUCCGUGAUGGCCCUUACUGUGUCAAGGAGUGUCCUGAAUCAAAGUACAACCAGUCGGGCUUCUGUAUGCCCUGCCAUGAAAACUGCGUUGGGGGGUGCACUGGACCAAACAACACCGUUGGACCGGAUGCUUGCAACUCUUGCGAGAAGGCAAUUGUCAGUGCCUACGACCCCAAUGUCGUGGAGCAGUGUCUGAAAGCGGAUGAAGCCUGUCCAGAUGGAUUCUACCAUGAGUACUUUGGUCCACAGGAGGAGGGAGCUCUCAAGUCCUUGACUGGAAAAUCGGUCUGCCGCAAGUGUCACCAGCGUUGCAAGAACUGCACAUCUUACUCCAUACAUGUCUCGGUCUGUGAGUGCCUACACUACAGCAGUGGAGAGCAGUGUGAGGAUCGUUGCCAAAGAGAUCACUUUCCUGACGAGGCCAAUCGGCGGUGCCUGCGGUGUCACGAUGAGUGCCGAGGAUGCUACGGACCCACGGCAGCCCACUGCACCAAUUGUCGCAACUUCCGCAUCUACGACUCUGAAAACCGCACUCAGUUCAACUGCACGGCCACCUGUCCUCCUGAGAAGCCAUACAAGGUCUUCGAUGACACCACAACCAAGGAUCCGCACUGCUCUGAUGAAGAUCCCAACCAGAUGGCUCUGCAUGGCAGGACGGAGGAAGAUCAUCUGCCUGCAAUCCUUGCCAGUGCCGGGGGCUGCAUCCUGUUGCUGGGCAUCUUUCUGGCUGUGUUUAGCUACCACUGGUUCCAGCGAGCCAAAACCAAGGAGAACACCGUCAAGAUGACCAUGCGCAUGAGCGGUUUUGAAGACAACGAGCCUCUGAAGCCAACAGAUAUCAAGCCCAAUCUUGCCCAGCUAAGAAUUGUCAAGGAAGCAGAACUUCGCAAAGGUGGAAUCCUUGGCUACGGAGCCUUUGGUACAGUCUACAAGGGUGUCUGGGUGCCCGAGGGUGAAAAUGUGAGAAUUCCUGUCGCCAUCAAAGUUCUUCGCGAGGACACAGCACCUAACACAAACAAGGAGUUCUUGGAAGAGGCAUACAUAAUGGCGAGUGUGGACCACCCGAAUGUUCUCAAGCUGCUGGCGGUUUGCCUAACAUCACAGCUGAUGCUGGUUACACAGCUGAUGCCCCUUGGCUGCCUCCUCGACUAUGUGCGCAACAACCGGGACAAAAUCGGCUCCAAACCACUGCUGAAUUGGUGCACCCAGAUUGCUCGGGGUAUGGCCUACCUGGAGGAAAAGCGCAUGGUUCAUCGCGACCUUGCCCUAAGAAAUGUCUUGCUUCAAACACCCGGCUGUGUGAAGAUCACCGAUUUCGGUUUGGCUAAGCUGCUCGACAACAAUGAGUUUGAGUACAAGGCAGCUGGCGGCAAGAUGCCAAUCAAAUGGCUGGCAUUGGAGUGCAUCCAGCACCGCAUCUUCACACACAAGAGUGAUGUCUGGGCAUUCGGCGUGACUGUAUGGGAGCUACUGACAUACGGUAUGCGACCUUACGAAAACGUUUCUGCGCGUGAUGUACCCGACCUGCUCGAGAAGGGAGAGAGGCUCAACCAGCCAUCAAUUUGCACCAUUGAUGUCUACAUGAUCAUGAUCAAGUGCUGGAUGCUUGACGCUGGUUCACGUCCCUCCUUCAAAGAGCUGGCCGAAGAAUUUGCCAAAAUGGCUCGCGAUCCAGGGCGUUAUCUGGUCGUUCCCGGUGACAAGUUGAUGCGGCUACCCAGCUACACUCCGCAGGAUGAAAAGGAGCUUAUCCGGAACCUGAGCAUGCCCAUGGAAGGCUCGGAGGUCAUCAUGGAUGCUGAGGAGUACCUGCAGCCCAGAGCCCAGCCCAGCAUGCUCUUAGGUGCUGAGCAGGCUCCACCACCUACACCGAUCAAGAAAUUCAUGGAUGACCGCGGGUUCGAGGAGGAUCCCUCUGUUGGAGUUCCAAACCCAGCCGAGUUCUUCCCUGCCAACAUGGUUCCACAUCCUGACAUGAAUGGGGGCUGCCACGCCAAUGGUAUGAACCCUCGCGGCAGAGAGAACAGCCUCAACCAGCGCUACUGCUCUGACCCGCUAAAGCUCCUUGGAAAAGAUGCUGAGGAAGGAGAUGACGAUGCCUUCGUGCACAAUGCGGCAACGCUUCCCAAGGGAUCCAAGCCAAGUGACAUGCGCAUGUCCCUACCGGUGGAUGAGGAUGACUACCUGAUGCCUUCACCCCGAUCCAAGGGCCUCUCCACCACUUACAUGGACUUGAUUGGGGACAGUCGCUACUCAAAUGGUGUUGAUGGCCUUGACCCCCGUCUUCAGGGCUACAGAGGCUUUAUGCCAGACUUUGUUCCUCCGAAUGGGCAGGGGCCGCUGCAGGGUGUUGACAACAUUGAGUACCACCUCAUGAAUCGCAACGGGCCUGCACAUCCGGUGGCAAUGCAGAUACCUCGUGACCCGGGUCCCCAGUAUGUGAACACCUGCCCCCUGGGUUCUCCGAACACGGUGGUGCCCCCUCAGCAGCCCGGAGUGGUGACCCGCAAACCGCACAGCUCCGAUGAGGACACCGACGACCACGAGUAUUACAAUGACUACGACCGACUCAAGCGGGAACUGCAGCCACUCAACCAUCGUAGCCGGAGUGAAACAACGGUCUAGUGACAGUCAGUGCUCCAAGCUGUGCGUGGGACAGAAACUUGUCGCUGCAGUCAUCCAAUUGUAGCCAGGCAGGCUGUGGAAAAGCUACUGCAUCUCCUUCGUGGUGAGAAGGCAGACUUGGUCAAGUCAGGGCUGUCUCUGCUGGUAUGGCAUGUAGACAACAACCAAAGUGUGUGUGCAGGGGGCAGCUGAGAACUUUGUUCGUUCAAAUGUGGCUUCUUCAUUAUUCAUUUCACUCCACCUAAAUGAUAAAGGUUGCAAGCAAAAUUCUGAGAAUAGUAGAAAUUGUUUCUGUAGAACGUGGAUCCAGAUACUGAAUUUCAUCAUGUCUCUUGUGUAUAGGCAUUGCAAUCUGGUUUGAAUCAUCAUUUAACUGUUGAGCUAGAUAUCGUCAUGAAAAAAGAAAGUUGGAUCUUGGCCAGUCAUUAUCUUUGAUGGAAAGCUCACAAAGAAAUGGAAGCAAGAAAAAAAUUGACUCAAAGCCCCAGAUGCCGCUCGAGUCCAAGGUCUUCGAGCCGUCACCUGAGGCCACCACAGCAAGAACUGCCGGACUAUUCUUUAAUAAUGUUUCUUCUUCUUCUUCAAAGUCCACUUACCAAAGCACUACGGCAGUUGGCACAAAGUGGCAGAGAAAGCUUUCCAUUUAUCUUGGAAAAGUCUUUCUAGGACCGCAGCUGUCGGCAGAACACACAAAAAUCUUCAUGCAAAGCAUCGAGUGAUCUCAGUCGUGUCUCCUGACAAAACGCUUUUCGUUUGAAAGCAGCCAGCAGUGUGCAACAAAGAACUCUGCAUCUGAGUGAAAGUCUUGCAUUUGUUUCGACGCUAGCACCUUCAAUUGCCGUCUGCUUCUGGUCACUUCAAGUCACCUCGCCAAGGCUUCUACAGUGAACGCAGACUGUGACCAUUGUUGACUGUGGGUUAUAACAGGACUCUGGAAAGGCAAACGAAGACGCGUCACCGUGGGACCAGUUAUCACUUCCAGGAACUUGAUAUCUCCCAUGUGCUAUUUAUUUUCGUGGAACACACACAAGACUGUGAAAAUGGAGUUGUCUUCAUUGAGGACUGUGCUUCCUUUUAGAAAGGUCACUAAAGAUUCGUGCAGUUUGAUGUACAUAGUAUACAUAACUCUCUCGUCUCUUCUUCUUUUUUUUUAAGUGCAUACCUUUUUGUGUGAGCUGUGCCCAAAACAUUGCCACUGUAGUCUUUUCUUUGUCCUUUAUUUUUGUGCAUCAACUUGCCACAUUGUGGUACUAAGGAGUGCUGUUUGUUGUGUCUACUCCCAUCCUGAAAUUAUUCAGCUGUCUUUCCCGUUCCGUGUGGCUUGAUUAGCACAUUGAUGUCUUCCGUGCCUAACGACAUCAGCGGGUGCAUGUAAUGCAUAAGCUUUCAGUAUUACAACUCAUCCGAGUGCCAUAAGACAUUGCUAUCACUUCACUAACUCGUGCAACAACAAUUGGUUGACUUAUUGAUUUCCUAUCGACAUGACGGUGGUUUUUUACACGUUUUCAAGCUUUUAUGAACAUAUUUUUAGCAAGGCUUGAGGAAAGCCUGCAUUUACAAGGACUUUAAACAUCAGUACACAAGAUGCAUGUGUGCGCAAAGAUUGGGCUAUUUGCUGUCAAAUUGUGAAUGAUGUCCGCUAUUGAAACCUGUAGCAGGGUUUGGUUUUGAUUUCCUCUCUCCUUUUAUGGGGCAUACCUGGUGAUUUCUACUCAAGCAGCUGAAGGGCAUGCUUGAAUCACUCCACUGGUUGUGAACGUUUGUAAAGAGUGCAUUCUAAGAAUGGUUGAAUGCAGAGGAUGACUCAUUUUUCACACCUUUGAAUUUCAGUGAACACAGUCAUGACAUGUUUAAAAAUUUUUCAAGAUGGUGGCAAAGUGGUGCCUUAUAUUUUUUUUACAGAUACAUGACUUUAAAUCUUCUGUUUUGUUGCGUGUGAUGCAGUAAUUGUUGCCAGAGAUUUACGAGUAACGGUUCCUGCAAGCAAAGUAGCUGCUUUGAGACUUUUUUUCUGUGUUGCACCAUUCCAAGUAAAGUACAAUAAAAUUUGUAGAAGGGACCAAAAUGAAUUAUCUUAGCAUAGGAACCAUGUUAAAAGCGCAAGGUUUUUAUGUUUGGUGCCUGCAAUGUCACUCUUUCCUUUCAGGUGUGAACUACUCAUUGUAGUCUGACUCGUGUUUAACACUGCCUCAUGAUCAUCAUAACAGUGUUUGACUUCCCACAAUGCUACAAUGUUUGCCUGUAUAUACGUACAUUUUAAAACUUCUCAACUGGUUUCUACAGGAAAGCUCUGACGAAUAAGCUCACCUCAUUAGGCUCAGCUAGCUGCAUGUGACUGCAUGUUAUGUAUGUAUUGUACAAAGUGUGUUUUACCAAUGCCUGUCGAGUUCACAGGCAUUUCAUUUCAAGUUUUACAUAGUCCAGUUAGAAGCAGUCAAGGGCACACAUCUAAUGUGACUGCUCCCAAUGUGGGGCACCUCUGCAGAAGAGAGCGGAAAUUUUUACGGAUGAGAGAUGUAUUUGCUAUAUGGUACAUUAAUAAAAUUACUUGUCCAAAAAAAAAA